AUGAGCACCAUCAACUCGCAAGAUGAUGAAGAUACAUUUAAAAUACUUAUUGCUACUGAUAUUCAUCUUGGCUAUUUGGAGAAGGAUCCUGUGCGCGGCAAUGAUACCUUUGUAACUUUUAAUGAAAUUCUGGACCAUGCUCAGAAAAAUGAAGUGGACUUUGUUUUAUUAGGUGGGGACCUUUUUCAUGAAAACAAACCUUCCAGAAAAACAGUACACUCUUGUUUGGAGUCACUAAGAAAACACUGCAUGGGUGAUCGUCCUGUUCAGUUUGAAAUUUUGAGUGAUCAGGCAGUUAAUUUUCAUUAUAGCAAGUUUCCAUGGGUGAAUUAUCAAGAUGGAAAUCUCAACAUUUCUAUUCCAAUUUUUAGUAUUCAUGGCAAUCAUGAUGAUCCCACGGGGGCAGAUGCACUGUGUGCAUUGGAUAUUUUAAGCUGUGCAGGAUUGUUGAAUCACUUUGGACGUUCAUCUUCCGUUGAGAAAAUAGAUAUUAGUCCCAUUUUAUUGCGUAAGGGUAGAACAAAAAUCGCUCUCUAUGGCUUGGGAGCCAUUCCAGAUGAGAGGUUGUAUCGUAUGUUUGUCAAUAAACAAGUAACCAUGCUGAGACCAAAGGAAGAUGAAGAUAGUUGGUUUAACUUGUUUGUGAUUCAUCAAAAUAGGAGCAAACAGGGAGCCACCAACUACAUUCCAGAGCAGUUUUUAGAUGACUUUCUUAAUCUUGUUGUGUGGGGUCAUGAACAUGAGUGCAAAAUAUCUCCAUCCCCAAAUGAACAGCAAGGUUUUUUUGUUUCUCAGCCAGGAAGUUCAGUGGUGACAUCUCUGUCCCCUGGAGAAGCUGUGAAAAAACACAUAGGUUUGCUGCACGUUAAAGGGAAAAAAAUGAAAAUGCAGAAGAUUGCUCUAGAGACAGUGCGAACUUUCCACAUGGAGGAUAUUGUUCUAGCUGAUCAUCCAGAUCUUUUUAACCCUGACAAUCCUAAAGUAACUCAGGCAAUACAAGCAUUCUGCAUGGAAAAGGUUGAAAUGAUGCUGGACAACGUAGAAAGAGAACGCUUGGGAAAUCCACGCCAGCCAGAGAAGCCUCUCAUAAGAUUACGAGUUGAUUAUACAGGUGGCUUUGAACCAUUCAGUGUUCAUCGUUUUAGCCAGAAGUACAUGGAUAGGGUGGCUAACCCAAAAGAUAUUAUACACUUCUUCAGACAUCGUGAACAAAAAGAAAAAAAUGACAGUGAUCUUAAUUUUGGAAAACUGGUCAGCAGACCUACUUCUGAGGGAAUGACACUGAGGGUGGAAGACCUUGUAAAGCAGUAUUUUCAGACAGCAGAGAAGAAAGUACAGCUUUCACUUCUGACUGAAAGAGGAAUGGGAGAAGCAGUGCAGGAGUUUGUGGACAAAGAAGAAAAAGAUGCCAUAGAAGAGCUGGUGAAAUUUCAACUAGAAAAAACACAGAGGUUUCUUAAGGAGCGUCGCACUGACGCAGAGGAAGAAAAAAUAGACGAGGAGGUGCGAAAAUUCAGGGAGAGUAGAAAAAAGAAUACUGAAGAAGAGGAUGAGGAAGUUCGUGAGGCAAUGACCAGGGCUAGAGCCCACAGAUCUGAGGAUGCAGUUCUUGUCGCAGCCUCCAGUGAUGAGGAACUCAUGGAUAUGGGGAUGAAAGGCACUGGUGAUUCAGAUGAUGGCCUUCCUGCAACACUGAGCCGUGGAAGGGGUCGGGCAAGAGGUAGGGCAAGAGGUGCAAGAGGACAAAAUCCGACAGCAAGAGGUUCAUCUCGAAGGGGAAGAGGAAGCACUAGCCAAGAGUCAGCUACUAGCAGCAGAACCUACAGGCCUGCAUCUGUGCCUUCCAAGAAUAAGUCCAUCAUGGAUGCCUUCAGGUCUUUGAAACCAGAGUCUUCUUUGAAUUCGUCUAAAUCUUACUCUGAAUUUUUUCAGGAUAUUAUAGAUGAUGACUCUGAUCUAGAAGACGUUUCUAUUGUUCCUUUUUCCAAAGUAAAUCAAAGGUUGUCAACUACAUCUUCACUUAGUAAAAGAGGCUCACAAAGCCAAACACUUAGAGGAGUUGAGUUUGAAUCAGAUGAGGAUGAAUUUGAUCCAUUCAAAAGCACUGCAACAUCAAGAAGAACUAAGUGA